AUGGCUUUGAUAAAUGGCAUUAAAGAGACUUUACAUGAUGAGUCCUGUUCUAGACCACCAUUUGUUCAAGCAAUUGUUGGAGAGUCAAGCUCCUCUCCCACCGUUGCCAUUGCCUCUUUACUAAGCCCUUUCAGUUUCCCUGUGAUCAGUCAAUUUGCCUCAUGUGCAUGCUUGAGUGACAGAAAAAGGUUUUCAUCCUUCUUCAGAACGAUAGCCAGUGAUUAUUAUCAAAGCAGAGCACUGGCUCAGCUUGUCAAGCACUUUGGCUGGACUUGGGUUGGAACGGUCAGCAGUAGCAAUGAUUAUGGUACCUAUGGAAUCUCAACAUUUGAAAAGACAGCACAACAAUUGGGGAUUUGUGUUGAAUACUCAGUGACAGUAUCAAGAACCGAUACACAAGAGCAGCUCCUAAAGACACUGGAAGUGAUUAAAAGAUCCACGGCCAAGGUGGUGGUAUCUUUUACAUCUUCUGGAGAUUUUAUCCCACUCCUGCAAUUAAUUGCACGGCAGAAUGUCACUGGGCUCCAGUGGGUCGGUAGCGAAUCCUGGAUCACUUCUCGAAUUAUUGCAGAAACAAAGGAAUACAGUUUCCUCACGGGAGCUGUGGGCUUUGCCUUACAGAACAUGAAGCUUGACGGCCUGCGAGAGUUUCUUUUGACUGUGCACCCUGAUCAAGAACCAAAAAAUGAACUUUUGAAAGAUUUCUGGGAAACAGCUUUUCAGUGCUCUUUCAGAAACACCGGAGGUAGCACAGGUCGCUGUACUGGCUCAGAACGCUUAGCAGAAGUGCAAAAUGAAUAUACUGAUGCAUUAGAGAUGCGCUUAGCAAAUAAAGUGUACACUGCAACUUAUGCUAUCGCACAUGCACUGCAUAAUUUGAUCCAUUAUGUCAAGUCCUCCACCAACAGCAGCAAAGUAGAGGUGCCCACACCAAGAAAGGUGCUGGAGUACAUGAGAAAUGUCAGUUUUACUGCCAAAACAGGUGAGAAAAUAUUUUUUGAUGAAAGUGGGGAUCCUGUAGCGAAAUAUGAUCUGGUCAACUGGCAGCCUGCUAAAGAUGAAAGUAUGCAGUAUAAACUGGUUGGUGCGUAUGACCACUCACUGCCUCCAGAGAAACGUCUUAAAAUUAAUCCGGAACUUAUGGUAUGGGCUGAGAACAGCAGACAGCUGCCUGUGUCUGUGUGCACUGAGAGUUGUCCUCCAGGCACUAGGAAGGCUGCACAGAAAGGAAGACCUACCUGCUGUUAUGACUGUAUUCAAUGUGCACAUGGAGAAAUCAGUAAUGAGACAGAUUCUAGUGACUGCAUUCCUUGUGAUUUGGAGUAUUGGUCGAAUGAAAGCAAAGACAGAUGUGUUUUAAAAGUGAUUGAAUUCCUUUCCUAUACAGAAAACAUGGGGAUUGUGCUUUCUCUUUGUUCUCUCAUUGGAGCAUUAUUUUCAUCAAUUGUAGCUUUUGUGUUUUAUCUUCAUAAAGAAACACCUAUUGUAAGAGCCAACAAUUCAGAGCUGAGCUUCCUGUUGCUCUUCUCAUUGACGCUGUGCUUUCUCUGUUCACUUACUUUCAUUGGCCGGCCCACUGAGUUGUCCUGUAUGUUACGUCACACAGCGUUUGGGAUCACUUUCGUUCUCUGUAUUUCUUGUGUUCUGGGAAAAACAAUAGUGGUGUUAAUGGCAUUCAAGGCCACACUUCCAGGAAGUAAUGUCAUGAAAUGGUUUGGGCCUCUUCAACAAAGACUAAGUGUUGUUAUCCUUACAUUAAUACAGGUCCUAAUUUGUGUGCUUUGGUUAACAAUAUCACCUCCUUUCCCAUAUAAGAACAUGCAAUAUUACAAAGAUAAGAUCAUUUUAGAAUGCAAUUUAGGUUCAGCUGUUGGUUUCUGGGCUGUUCUUGCUUAUAUUGGCUUGCUUUCAGUCUUGUGUUUUAUUUUAGCUUUUCUGGCUCGUAAACUCCCUGACAACUUCAAUGAAGCUAAAUUCAUCACAUUCAGUAUGCUCAUAUUUUGUGCUGUAUGGAUCACAUUUUUCCUAGCUUACGUCAGUACACCUGGAAAAUUUACUGUAGCCUUGGAGAUAUUUGCUAUUUUAGCUUCAAGUUUUGCUUUACUAUUUUGCAUAUUUGCCCCAAAAUGUUACAUAAUUUUGUUAAAACCAGAGCAAAAUACAAAGAAACAUAUGAUUGGGAAAUAGUCAUUCUAAAAAACUCAAGGAUGAAAAUGUAGUAACUAAGUAAACAACAAUUGACAAUUGUAAAAAACAUUGCCAUGGAAAAAAGCAUGCAAGAACAAAUAUAUAUGCUUUUUUGGCUUGUUAGAGUGACAAAAGGACUGGAAGAGGUUCAACAUUACUGACUGGACAGACAUUAAAAUCACAUGGUAUACACUGUCUCUACACUGCUAAACUGAUUGAUCUUAUUAAUGAUGGCUAUGCUAGGGUUGUCUGACACAUGAGUUCUGCUCUCCACAGGCUGUGGCAGGAUCUGCAGUGCAGGCCGAGUCAGAACUAGGCACAAUGUACUAUCACUAGCCAUGUUUCCAUCACCAUGAUUCUAUCGCAUCGAAAACAAGUGAUGGAGACGCCAAAUUUCAAUUAGAAAUCCCUCGAUUUGCAAAAAAGUUUUUACGCUCGCUUGAUGUGUUUUUUGAUUUAUGCGAUAAAGAGUAAAUGCAAAAAAUGGGAGAUUGAAAUGCAUUUGCUGAACUAAUUCUGAAUUAGCAAACAUUAAACCCACGGGACUGACCGUCUAGCUGUUUCCUCUGAGUUGUCUUUACCAUAUAUGGUGCUCGACGUCAUAAUGUCCUUGCUGCUGGUGCCUUCAUAAAAUCUGCAUUCCUUUUUCUAUGCACAGCAUUCAGUUUUGCAGUUACAAGCUGCACUGUAAAUACAUUAAUAAAUUGCCCCAUUGUGACUACAUGCAGUCCUGUCUCCAUUUUCCAUGUGUAUAUUGUUUUGUUUACUGUUGGUUACUAGGUUACCCAAUAGCAAUGUCACUCGCUCAAACAACUUGAUGGAGACGCACCUAAUUCGCAUUUCUUUGUUUUUCAAAUUUUGAAAAGAUUCGCAUCAUGUUUGGAUGGAAACCCAGCUACUGAUCAUCACUGCAAUAUUCUGGACCUACAUUGUGUUCUGCCUAAUAAGAAAUGACAUUGAUUUUUUGCAAUUAAUAAAUAAUGUGAAUUCAAUUUAACAGCCUGUAUUGCUUACAUUAAAUAAAUAAAAAAUGCAUUCAUUUGGGUUAUUAUUUACACUUAUUUAUUCAACAGUUCUUUUUGGUUCUCAAAUCUUCCCAGCCAUGCAAUAAAUCAACUGAUAACAUAACAGCAACCGCUUCACCAUUUGUAUCAUUCUUCCACUUACUGGUCAUUUUAGAAUUAGUGAGGGAGGUUUCUUUAAACACUUGAGACAUACGGUUAUCUCUGAUUGGAAAAAGCUGUCACCAGAGAGGACACACACAUCCACAGGCACAAAAGCUAUUUUGAAACACUUUCCGAGUGUCUCAAUAAGUUCCUGUAGUGGAGGACUUUUAUUAUGCUUUUAAUUUCAUAUUAUUAUGUUUUAUUUUUCAUCCUAUUUUUCAUUUUUUAAUUACAAUCAUAAGCUCAUAAAUUGUGAUUCAUAUGGAGAUCAUGUUUUUCUGCUAACGUACAGAAUUAUGCUCUUUCUGUCUUUUGAGCAAAGUACAAUGUCCAAGGACUUAAACAUCAUGUACUGAGAACAAGACAUACGUUUUAUGAUUUCACUAGAUUUGUGUUUAGCUGUUUAUGUUCUUAAUCACUGACAAAUUGAAGGUUAUCUUCUAAAUGACGUAGAAACUGAUGACUACACAUGUUUCAGCAUCUUACUAUAAAUGUGUGUUCAACCUUGUAAUCGGGGCUCUUAGGUUUUUAAACUUCUAGCACCAUGGGGGUGAGAGCCUAUUCUGCA